UCCGGCUCCGCUCGCCGUCCUGGGCUGCAGCAGAUCGCAGAGUCGCCCGUAAGGUACCGAGGUCGCGGGAGGAGAGCUAGAGGGUUGCUACUGUGUGGUCGGGAGAGCGCGACCGGAGGAAGCUGGCCCGGUGGGACGGAGCUAGGACUGUCGGCGGAGCACCGGGGAGCACCAGGGUCUAGUCACAGAACGCCCCUUCCCUUCAGAUGCUCUGAACUUUGACCCCUGCUGAGUCUUCCAAGAAGCCACAGCAUGAACACAUCCCCAGGCACUGUGGGCAGUGACCCUGUCAUCUUGGCCACUGCUGGCUAUGACCACACCGUGCGGUUUUGGCAGGCUCAUAGCGGGAUCUGCACCCGCACAGUGCAGCACCAGGAUUCUCAGGUGAAUGCGCUGGAGAUCACGCCUGACCGCAGCAUGAUUGCUGCUGCAGGUUACCAGCACAUCCGCAUGUAUGACCUCAACUCCAAUAACCCCAACCCCAUCAUCAGCUAUGACGGGGUCAAUAAGAACAUUGCGUCUGUGGGCUUCCAUGAGGACGGCCGCUGGAUGUACACGGGUGGGGAGGACUGCACUGCUCGAAUCUGGGACCUCAGGUCCCGCAACCUGCAGUGUCAGCGGAUCUUCCAGGUGAAUGCGCCCAUUAACUGUGUGUGCCUGCAUCCCAACCAGGCAGAGCUAAUUGUAGGUGACCAGAGCGGCGCUAUCCACAUCUGGGACUUGAAAACUGACCACAAUGAGCAGCUGAUUCCUGAGCCUGAGGUCUCCAUCACAUCUGCCCACAUUGACCCAGAUGCCAGCUACAUGGCAGCAGUCAAUAGCACUGGGAACUGCUACGUUUGGAAUCUGACGGGGGGCAUUGGUGAUGAGGUGACCCAGCUCAUCCCCAAGACCAAGAUUCCAGCACACACCCGCUAUGCCCUACAGUGCCGCUUCAGUCCAGACUCCACGCUCCUCGCCACCUGCUCGGCUGACCAGACAUGCAAGAUUUGGAGGACAUCCAAUUUCUCCCUGAUGACAGAGCUGAGCAUCAAGAGCAGCAACCCUGGAGAGUCAUCCCGAGGCUGGAUGUGGGGCUGCGCCUUCUCAGGGGAUUCCCAGUACAUUGUCACUGCUUCCUCUGACAACCUGGCCCGGCUCUGGUGCGUGGAGACGGGAGAGAUCAAGAGAGAGUACGGUGGCCACCAGAAAGCUGUGGUCUGCUUGGCCUUCAAUGACAGUGUGUUGGGCUAACCUGUGCCCCCUUGGGAUUGCAGGCAGCCAUCAGGUGGCACUGGCUAGAUAUGACUGUUCAGCUGCCGAGUCAGAGAGAACCCCAGAGGUUAACCUCUACCAGCCUAGGCUAGCUGCACCUGACUGACUUUCCCUGAUACCCUUGGCCAGCCUAGACUGGCCAGGCUGAUCUACCUGGGGGCUUUUUUAGCCCCUAGUUACUUAUCUGGAUGCACAGGGCUCAGGGAGCUGACCCAAGCCAGCCCGGUUGCUGCCCACCCCCAAGCCAGUGCUUCCCCACCCUCCCCACCCGUUACGUGUCCCAAGGCUACAGAGAACACAAUCAUGACCAGGUGGAGGGGUUUAUUAGCCCCCACCAGUGACUGCCUUCCAUGGUACUGAUGACAGGGCCAGCCAGCUGGCUGGCCUAUGGAGCUGGGCAGGAUGGGGGCUCAGUCUGGGAGGUAAUAAAAGCAGACUGACACACAGAUGUUGCUUGGGAAGCAGAUGUCGAUGCAUAGGUAGAUCAGUCGCUGCCUCUGGGUCCCUGGAGGGAGGGGCCUCCGUGAACCCCAAAGGGCUCCUCCCCAUCUCCCAGACUAUCCGUGGGAGCCCAGGCCUCCCCAUAUAGCCACCCCGACUCACCCUCUGCUCGAUGGGCCCAAUAAAUGGGGGUCUUUGUGCAAAAGUGCCGCACUGAAGCUCCCACCUGGGCAGGGUCCACCUCACGGCUCCCGAGAACUGCCAGCAGCUCCUGGGCAUAGUAGGUGUCCUGGGUUGGGCUGUGAGACCCCUGGGCCUGCAGAGAAGGCUCUAUUGGGCCAUGGGCCAGGGACACUUGCACUACCUUUGGCUGGGCAGGGCUAAUGAAUCCCUGGACAUGCCAGUACUGUGCCAGCCCCGCCCUCAGCUCUUGUCAGCAGCCUCAGCAAAGGGAAGAUAGAGCUUCUAUUCCCCUGAAACCAGAGCCUCAGCCCACCCCGGGCCCAGGCUAUACACAGGACCCUUUGUCUGGCCCCUGGUCUGGGAAGCCUGGCCAUGGGAGUACGGGGGCUGCUCACCCUUGAGGUGUUCACCAGGAGCUGCAGGGUCUUGCGAUCUCUGGGUUCCAUCAGGUGGAGGAAGCAGGCCCGGUGCUCCGCAGGGCGGUAACAGACACAGCCCUGGGGAGGCAGGCAGGCAGGUAAGACAGGUCCACCUGAAUGCCUUUGGGCAGCGACCCUCUUUCUCCCCACCAGCCAACUCACGCUCUGCCCAUCGAACAGCACUGCCCAGCUGCGGUUGCUCUGAGCCGGGGUUACCCUGAUGGUUGCCACAUUCUGGGCCACGUCCACUUGCACAGUUUGGUUGGACCGGUAUACCCUGGAGCUCGGGUGGGUCAGAUGGAACAUCUGCAGCAGUGGCUGAGUGGGAAGCCAGAGCUCAGCUGGGCAGGCUAAGGCAGCCUUCAACCCUCUUCCUCCAGCUUUGUUUCAAGGCUUCUACCCUCCCCCACUGUCCUCCCCUUGUCAGCUCAGCUAAGCCCUGGUUCCACUGUAGGGCUGGGUUUGCUGGUCUCUCCUCCACCUUCCCAUCUGCACCCCUACACCUGCCUGGGUCCUGAGGAGGCUCACCUUGGGAGGGCUGUGAGAGAAGCCAAGAAGCCCUCCAGUCACAGCCCCAGCAGUGGCCAAUGCCAGCAACAGCAGCAGCAGGCCCAGGGCCCUCCAGCCCCCAUGGCAUGGCCUGGUCUUCACCUGGGGGCACAUUGCAGUCAGUGAGGCCUGGACCACAGACCAGGGAGCAGAGUGACUCAGGGAAAAGUAGGGGCUGAGGAGAUGUGGGUAAUGGGUGCUGCCUUCUUAUUCCCUGUCCAGGGCAUGCCCUAGGUCUUGUUGCAGGAGAGGGCACUAGUGGUGGGAGGCACUCACCCUGACAGACCCAGGCCCGGGGUCCUCUGCACAGCAGCUUCCCUGCUCCAUGAUGCAGCCCUGGUGACAAUGCAGUGAUUGUCUACAGCCCCUUGGAGUCAGCCAGGGAAACUUCAGGAGCCGCUGAUGAGCCAAGCAACCGUCCUGGCCCCCUCCCCUCCUGACCCUCCUUCCCAGCCCAGCUACCUGAGCCAAGACAGCCCUCCCCAACUCCAUCUGGGGAGUGGGGUGGUGCUUGUCACUGUGUCGGGCUCUCCUGAUGCCUGGCCUGUGCUAGCCAGACAGCACAUUAGCCUGGGAGGGUGUAGAGCUUGGCCA